AUUAUCAUCAACAUAUAGAAUGAUAGAUCUAGUCUAGACAGACUCGUAUAAACAUCUUUUUUUAUCUGGAAGUAAAAGCCUAAAUUCGAAAAGAUAGAUAUGUCUAGAUUUCCAGUUCUAACUAGAUCUACGUUCUAGAUCUAGAAUCUAUCUAUAAUUUACCAAGAUUUACUAUAAUGAGCUGUUACAGUAAUAGUUUUAAUCAUGUUAAUCUUAAAGUGAUAGGGUGCCAGUUAGAAAAGUUAGCAUAAAAAAUAGGGCAUUGACAAGCUUAGCAAUAUAAUGUCAACAAAACAAGAACUAUUCUUAGAAACUUCAUCCCCUGGUUACUCAAGAAGAUUGAUAGAAAAUCUAGCAUCUCUAUGGAAUGACUCUUGCUUUUGUGAUGUAACACUAUUGAUUGAUAGAAAACGGUUUCCAGCCCACAAAAAUGUUCUUGCAGCUGCUAGCCCAUUUUUCAAAGCAAUGUUUUUAUCUGGAAUGGAAGAACAAAAAAGAGAUGUUAUUGAAUUACAUGGCAUGUCUUCUGAAAUAUUUAGUAUUAUGAUUUCAUUUAUUUACACAGGUUUGGUCAAGGUUGAUGUUGACACAUGUCAGGACCUUCUUGCACUUGCUGAUAUGUUAGGAGUUGAAGAUGUUGUAGAAAUUUGUAGCCAGUUUCUUAUAGAUAAUAUUUCUCCUCAAAACUGUGUAGGUAUUUAUGCAUUUGCUGAUGCUCACAAUAUAAAAGAUUUAAAGCACCAGUCUGAACUAUUUCUAGAAAAAAAUUUUGUGGAGGCUACCAAAGGAGAAGAAUUUACUCAACUUGAACUUUCAUCUGUUCUUACAAUACUUGGUAGUGAGAGGCUUCAUAUUGAGUCAGAAUCACAGGUUUUGGAGGCUGCUUUAGAUUGGAUAUUGUUUGACCUACCUAUACGUAGAAAGUAUUUUUUACAAGUAUUAAACCAAGUUAGACUGAAUUUAAUAUCUCAUAAACAAUUUCAUCAAAUCAUUGAUGCCUGCAAGGAUCCAGGAAUUAAAGUUACUCUUGCCAAGUUUGUGCCUAACAAUGACUGUACACAAAUCCUUCAUCUGUCAAGCUUGUACAUUCCAGUGGACAGUGUUAAUAUGGCCACUUGGCCAAGGCAAAAUGCCAAGAAGUAUAUCUAUGUAAUAGGAGGAUUUGCUCAAAACAAACAUACUUUUGUGAGUAGCAUAAGUACACUUGACACGGUGGAGAGAUUUGACAUAUAUACACAAAAGUGGCAGACAUUUCAAGGCAUGCAUCAUGCCAGAAGCAGUCAUGGUUUGGCUGUACUUGAUAGAAAGAUUGUAGCUGCUGGUGGAGAAGAUGCUUCAUUGAUUUCAGACUAUGUAGAAUGUUUUGACCCUGAUGAAAACUUCUGGAUGCCUAUGCCAAGCAUGAACCAUCCAAGGUAUGGAUUGGGCCUUGUUUCCCUAAGUGGUUAUCUGUAUGCUGUGGGAGGCUAUGUAGGUUCUCAAAUUGGCACUUCAAUAGAGAAAUAUGACCCCUAUGAUAGAGUUUGGAUAGAAAUGGAUAAAAUGCCUCACCCAAGAUUUUCAAUGGCUGUUGUAGAAUAUGAAGGUCUUAUUUAUUUAGCUGGUGGACUGUCUGAGCACUAUACAGAAUGUGACAAAGUAGAAAGUUAUAAUCCAGUUACUCGAGAGUGGUGUACACUGGCUAAAUUAAAUUAUCCAAGGGCUUAUCAUGGAUUGGUGGCAGCUGAUGGAUAUUUGUAUGCUGUUGGAGGCUUUAAUGAAUACAAAGGCUCUUUGAGUUCAGUUGAGAAAUAUUCUAUAAAAGAGAACACAUGGACUAAUGUAACACCAAUGCAAAUAAGCAGAGCUGGUGCAGGUGUUGCUAUGGUUGAUGGGAGAAUUUAUGUCUUUGGUGGACGGUCCCAGGAUGUUGAAUUGGCAGGAACAAACAGCUUUCGUGCAUCUGUGACAUUGGACAGUGCUGAAUGCUAUGAUCCUCAAAUAGACUCUUGGAAGAAUCUACCUAAAAUGACAUUUGAAAGAUGUGAAACAGUUGCUGUGGUUUUAUGAUGAGAUUAAUUCAGAAUCUCAGUUUAUGUGAUAAUUAAUUUAUUCCUAAGUUUUGGGCACAUUUUUUUUAAAUUCUGAACUUGUAUUGCUAAUUUCCCUUUUUUUUAAAAAAAAAAAGAUAUUAAUAACAGUGGUGGUAUAAUUUUUUUUAAAAUGUUGUUAUAUGUAACAGUUUAUACAAUACAAUCAUCCAUAAAAUAUUGUUAAAAGCUUUAUUAUCAGUGUAAAUAAUGUGACUUAUAAAUUUUGCGGUUAAUAUCAAUAUAUCUUGAUAAUGCACUGAAGUUAGUAUUUGUAAAAUGCCUGAUAGCUUGCUCUGCCAGUCAGGUAUCUUGAUAAAAAGAUGUAUAUUUAAUCCCAUACCUUUCAAACAAGUUUUGAGUCAUAAAUAUGCAAAAAAAAAUAAAAUAUUUAAAAUGAAUGUCUUACAAAAACAGAUUUACCUUGACAACUACUUUAGCUGUUAUUAUAACCAGUUCAUUUUUGUGACGGUACACACCGAUAUAGCGUACUGACACCUUUUUCAAUGUGGGUAUAACAAUUACUACUUUUCUUGCAUUUUAAUGUUUAUUAUUAAUUUAUUAGUAGUUAAAAGUUAGGCAAUCCAUCACUGAGUACCGGCACCUAUUUGUUUACAAAAAAAGCACUGAUUAUAACCAAAUUAAUAUGAUUUCUAAAAUGUAUAUAACUAUUUGAUGAAGCUCUGAGGCAUGUCUCUCUCUCUCUCAUGAUCUACAGAGAAUUUAUCUCAGUUCAAUAAGUGCACAAGAUAAGAUUGAUUGAAGCUCAUUAUUAAAAUAUAGUUGCCUAUCAAAACUAGGAUAUUAUGUACUGCCUUGUUGGCUCUAGACAAAGGGAAACAAAAAAGCCUUUAGAUUUAUAUCAAUUUAUAGGAACACAUUGAAUGCAUUUAUCAAGCUGUCUUUUUCAUUUCCAUGCCAUUCAAAGGAGAGGAAGUUUGUGUUUCUGUUUUCAUUGUUUUCCCUGUUAGUUUCCCUACGUGGGGACAUAAAUGUAUUUUUCACUGGCAACUAUUCCAUACUAAUAGACUUUCUUCAAUCAAACAAUUUUGUCAAUUAUUUUGAACAAAAACUACAUGGAGGUUAAAACAGAGCCCCAAUACACUUGCCUUGAGGAAUGCGAAAGGCGUCACUUGACAACCCUAGUUCAAAUGGCUUCGUGCCCGAGAUAAUGUUCUACAUUUCACACCUGUGUUUCGACCGUGUCUAAUUGAUACGUUUCCGUGACUGUGAAUUUAUUAUGCAAUACAGAGAAAGUGUAUUAUCAGUUUCAGGAGAUAGGGGAGAAUCACCCGCUCUAAGAUCUAAUUAUUAGUAGAGUUCAACUGUCCACUGUUUCAAGAUAAUUACAAGUCCAUUUUUAAAAAAUCCAUUUAAAAAAAAAUAUAUAUAUAUAUAUAUAUAUAUAUAUAUAUAUAUAUAUAUAUGCAAAGGGGAAGAACUAA